UGAGAAAAAAAUGAAACAAAUAUUAAAAACAUGUACAAUGGCAAGGAGCUUGCUGGAAGACGAUGUCGUCGUGUACUAGUUGUGCUUUUUCUUCUUCCCUUCUCCUGGUGAAUCCUCCGCCGAGAGCUUCCCGCAACGACAUCCGUCGAAGCCUAAGGAUGUCACUCAACAACGACAACACUAAUUCAAACUUCACAUCUUCAUCGUUGCUCAAUUCAGUUACAAAAUUGCUGUGGGGACAGUCUCUUCCGCCGGGGAUCCUCGUCGCCACGGUGCGCACGGCCUGGAACUCCGCGUGGGGGCUCAUGAUGUCCCAGCUUGCUCCCUCCGACUCCUCCGGCGGGUAUUCGAGGCCCGCAUCCAAAUUCCGAAUCUUGGGCUCUCUUUCUCCGGGCACCCUCCACCUGUACGUGGGCCUGGCGUGCCCGUGGGCCCACCGGACUCUGAUAGUGCGGGCAUUGAAGGGGCUGGAAGAGGCGGUGCCCGUGUCGGUUGCGUCGCCGGGGAUGGACGGGUCGUGGGAGUUCAAAGGGGUGGGCGGGGCUCAUUCGGGUUCGAUUGGGCCAAGUUUGGAUAAGGCGAACGGGUGCAGAACGUUGAAGGAAGUAUACGGGCUUCGUAGAGGGGGGUAUGAUGGGAGAUCGACGGUGCCAAUGUUGUGGGAUAAGGGUUCGAAGGAGGUUGUGUGCAACGAGAGCUACGAUAUUAUUCAGUUGUUUAACUCCGGGUUGAAUAGCAUGGCGGGGAAGCCCGAGUUGGAUCUGUCGCCCCCUGAAUUGAAGGAAGAGAUUGAGGAAUGGUAUCGAAUCAUAUAUCCGAAUGUGAAUAACGGGGUUUAUAGGUGUGGGUUUGCACAGAGCCAAGAGGCGUAUGAUAGAUCGGUGAAUGAGUUGUUUUGUACACUUGACAGAUUGGAGGAUCACUUGGCCAAUUCCCGCUACUUGUGUGGAGAUCAAUUCACCCUUGUGGAUAUAUGUCUGUUUACCACUCUCAUUCGCUUUGAUCUUGCGUAUAAUGUUUUGUUUAGAUGCACCAAGAAGAAGCUCUCUGAGUAUGCCAAUCUUCAUGCCUACAUGCGUGACAUUUAUCAGAUUCCCAAGGUCGCAGCUACUUGCAAUUUUACAGAAAUUAUGGAUGGUUACUACAAAACCCUUUUUCCUUUGAACCCAGGGAGCAUUAGACCGGUCAUGCCUUCUACUUCUGACCACCAAUUCCUUUGCAGGCCUCAUGGAAGGGAAUCGCUGUCAUCAGCUACACCAGCCAUCUUUUUGUAUUAGUUAAACAACAUACAUGUUUCUUUCCAUUACUGCAAGUGUAUAGCACUUCUACAGUUAUAUGAAUCCUUCAGAAAACCCUAGAAAAACCUCUGCUAUUUUCUACAUACCCGAAUACAGUAACAACAUCCCAUUAGGGUUGGACAUAAUUCAAUGAACUGUAUUGUAUCUACAAUUAACCAUAAUAUAUUAUACCUAAAGAAACUAAACUUGAUUUACCUAAAAACUAAUUAAACUAUUCUAUAGUUUAGUAAAAAAACAUUGAACUUUACACCAGUUCGGUACAGUAUAACUGUGAAAUACAGAUUUUUUCCUAACUAAGAAUUUCACUCCAAAUUGAAAACUUUCGAAGCUAGGGUUCAAGAGAAUUGAGAGAAUUGCAAAGAGAGUUUCAUGGUUCCUUCGAGAAAAUGUACUAGGAGGCUUGAUUCAACAGAUCAGAGACUGCCUACAAAGGAUUGAUGCUGCAAAAGGGGUUGAUUGAGGGGCGCGAACAAAAUGUGAAGUCACUCGAAGAGGAGCGGGGUUUUUCUUUUCCUUCCUUUAGUUUUUCUAUAAAAAAAGUUGUAUAAUAGUUUUUCUGUGGGGUUAGUUUUGGUUACUCUAGGUUAUUUUCAGUUUGAGGAUGAUCAGUAGAUGAUAGUUUUGGUUAAAUCACAAGUUAGCUGAAGCUUCUUCUAGCUUUUCUCCCUACACUAACGCGUUUUUUUAUUCUGUUUGCAAUGCUUUUAGAUUCGUAGUUGUUGAGUUAGACUCAGGUGGCAGCUUUGAGCUGUAUACUGUGAACCGAGAUCAACAGUGUAAUAAUUUAGGAGCCAAACCUAAUAAAUAAUUGAACCUUUGUCGUUUAA